GAAUGGCGCAAUUGGUGUAUGUUCUGCUGAUUGCGACUCAGCUGGUGAACACCGUGUUUGGUGCAAAUAUUUUGUGUUUAUUCGGAGUUGCUAGUCCAAGUCAUCACAUUUGGAAUCGGGCAAUCGUGGAUGCACUGGCAGCAAAAGGUCACAAUCUAACCAUUCUUUCAGCAGACGUAGAAAAAGAUUCACCUGCCAACGUCCACUAUGUCGAACUGGAGCAAACGUACCCCGAGCUAUACAGUGGACACGACAACAUAGAUCUAAUGGAAAUGGCCAAUGAAAACAUCUUCAAAGCGAUAGUUUCUUUCUACGGAGACUUCGUUAUUCAGGAAUGCAGGGGGGUUCUCAAAUCUGAAGGACUGAAAUUUGUUAAGAAUUACCCAGACAAUUUCAAAUUUGAUCUUGUUCUGUACGAUAUGACGUGCGGUGGAUGUAUGAAUGGCCUAAUACAUAAAUUCAAUUAUCCACCACUAGUCAGCGUGACGGCAUUCAGUAACCCACCCUACGUUACCGACGUUAUAGGCGGUCACAAGUACUCGGCUUAUGUGCCAUUUUAUUCCUUGCCUUACGGAACUGAUAUGACGUUUCUCCAACGAGUUCAGAAUACGAUCCUCUACUCUGUUGAUUAUAUCUAUCGAACAUAUUACAGCAAUCCGAGACUGGACAGUAUGGUGCGAGAGUAUUUCCAGUACGAUGAUCUUCCUUAUGUUACCGACAUUGACCGCCUGUCUAAAAUCAUUUUAGUCAAUGCACAUUAUUCGAUAGAUUAUCCAGAACCAGCGCCUCCUAACUUGAUCCCGGUUGGUGGUUUGCAAAUAAGGGAUGCCAAAAAGCUGCCCAAGGAUAUCGAAGAUUUUAUCUCAGCUGGUAAGAAGGGAGCAGUACUGUUCUCACUAGGCACGAACGUUCGAAGUGAUCAGCUUGGCAGCGAACGUCAGCGAAUGUUUAUUGAAGCCAUGCGAAAUAUACCGGAUUACAAUUUUUUGUGGAAAUUCGAAUCGGAUUUGAGUUUUGAUUUGCCAAAAAAUGUCAUUAUACGGAAGUGGCUACCGCAGAAUGAUAUUUUGGCGCAUCCAAAAGUUAGGGCCUUUAUUACUCACUCGGGAAUGUUAAGUACUCACGAAGCCACUUGGCACGGAGUGCCCAUAAUUGGACUGCCAUUUAUCGCCGACCAGCAUCGUAAUCUACAAAGAUCCAUUCGAUUAGGGGUUGCGGAAAAGAUGGUGCUACAAACCUUAACAACUGAACAAAUACGAAGCACCAUCGUGAAGGUGCUGGAAACGCCUAGCUAUCGGGAGAACAUGAAAAAAGUAUCGGCACUUUUUCGCGACCAGCCGGAAAAACCGAUAACGCGUGCCGUUUGGUGGAUCGAGUGGGUCCUGCGGCAUCCCGACGAUGACAGUCUGCAGUCCCCUGUGCUGAAGUUAGGAUUCUUAAGAAGCAACCUGGUGGACGUGAUCGGUUUUCUAGUGCUGGUACCAACGAUCGUAUUUUUACUGUUCUUAAAGAAAUGUGUUUUCCAAAAACGCAAAAAACAGGUGGAGAAGAAAAAGCAGAAUUAAAAUGUUUCUUACGAAGUUGCGCGAUCAUGUGAGAAUUGCUGCUUCUUUGUCUAGGUUUUAUGGUAGUAACUAAAUUUGUUAGAUUAUUAAUUUGUGUUAGUAAAACACGACACCACAAAUUACAGAGACUAUAGUUGAAUGACAUGUAUUCGAAUUACUGUUCAUUUGAUUUUAACGUAAUAUGACGUAAGUGUUAAUUGGUGUUGUA